AUGAAAUAUAUCCAUUUAAUAAUGCUCGAUUACAUCAAGCCGUUGUUGAAGAAGCACAAAGAAUCGAAGGAAAACCUCAAAUACAAAGGUGACAUGGAGGAAACGAACAAGACUCACGUGGAAAUUGAACGCAAGAUUGAUGUUUCCGGAAUGGGCGACUACGAUUACGCGAAAAUACCCGCGGUAGCCACCUGCGACGACGAGAGAGAACGAGUCGGAUUUUCCGAGGAAACUCUACGCCUGCUGGCGGAAAUGGACGAACAAUUAGCCGCGGAUUUCCUCGAAUUAGAGCCGUUGAAGAAAAGUCUGGACCGCUCGGAGAAGGAGGCGGAAAAGCGACGCCAGGCGUGGAAAAACUGGACCGAAUUUCGCGAGGAAAUCGCCCGUGCGCUGGAAAACCGUUCGGAAAACGACGCCCUAAUCGACGAGUUUCUGUCGCACUACGAGGACAUCGCGAAUUCCUGGCAAUGUCUCAUCGACGAUUUCAGGAAAAUACCCGAGAAAAAUUAG